AUGGAAAUACAGGGACAAAGCACCUGCAGCACACCAACCUCUGCUAGACUCAGCCGUCCCCUGAGAUUUGGAGCCGUGGUUGUCAUUGUUGGUGCAGUUUUAAUGUUGUGUGCAUCCGUGGCUACUCUCUAUCUGCAGAAGGGGAGCGAUAAAAAUGUUUAUAAUGUUCAUUACAGUAUGAACAUCAACGGGGAGGUGAGGGAGGGCUCCAUGGAAAUUGAUUCUGACAACAAUCUUGAGAGAUUUAAAACCGGGAGUGGAGCUGAGGAAGCCGUGGAAAUUCAUGACUUUCAAAUUGGAGUGACUGGAAUCCGCUUCUUUGGAGGAGACAAGUGCUAUAUAAAAUCCCAAAUCAAAGCCAAACUUCCUCCCAUGGGAGCUCACAACAAAGAGAUGGUGAUGUUUGACCUGACAGAUGAAUUAAUGCCAGUGAGGUUUGAUGAGGAGUUCCUUAUAUGGGUUGCAGCAGAGCAGCCGCUGAAGGACACCAGGUUUCUGAGCAAGAAAAUUCUGGAUCUUUGCGGGGAACUUCCCAUUUACUGGCUCAGACCGACAUAUCAUAAAGAUGGGGAGAGGAAAAAGAGAGACACGCAUCGAGCCAAACGGCAGUUUAACAUGGAGGAGGUUGAGGCAGCUGCCGAGGAGGGGGACCUGGUGAGUCACGCAGAGAAUGACAUCUCCAGAGUUGUGGAAGAAGAGGAGGAGGGGGCGCAGUCAGCUGUGGGGUCAGCAGACAACCCCGAAAACCCCUAUCAACGCAGCAGAGGGGCCGGAGAGGAAAGCGCCCUGACCUUUGACACCAUGUUAGACCACCAGGGGAUCUGCUGCUCCGAAUGCCAACGCAGCUACACUCACUGCCAGAAAGUGUGUGAGCCUCUGCGGGGCUACUGGCCUUGGCCUUACAACUACAGAGGGUGCCAGGUAGCUUGUCGAGUCAUCAUGCCUUGUCGCUGGUGGGUGGCACGCAUUUUUGGAGUUGUGUAAAAGAACACACAACAUAUGUGAGCAAAUGUGUGUGCGCAUGUGUGCUUUGCAGCUCUGCUUCUUUUUCAGAUCUGCACACAAAUAUCAGUUUUCUCUUUUUAUUAGCAUCUACCAGAAAGCUAUGCCUGCUAGCGUGAUACGCCAAGUGUGAAAUGUGACCAUUUUUAUUGUAGCAUAUAUACCAUCACCAGCCACUUUAUUAGGUACACCUUACUAGUACAUGGUUGACCCUUCU